AUGGCCGAAGCGGGCUCCCAACAGCAGCCGUCGUCGGACGGCAACAUGCUCACGCCAGAUGCCAUUGCAAACCUCCUCUCGUCCGCUUCUUCCGCGCGGCCUGAUCCGGCAUCGGGUGACCAGGGCCGCGCCCACAAGACAGCCCUGCUGGACGACGUCCUGUUCACGGCACAGAGGCUGUGGGACGCCAGCAGCGAGGAAAUCGACGCCGUUGCCGAGAAGCUGGGCGAUGGGAGCCGAGAUUCUUCAUGGAGGUUGCCCUUGGGAGACUCGGGCAUCCUGGACUUCUUCCUCUCCAUCAUCGUCUCCUCCUCGCAUGACCUCCGGCCCGCACUACAGAGGCAUAUGCUCCGCCUCAUCGGCAACUCAUGUGCCGACACUGAUGAGAACCGUGAAAGAGUCGUCGCCUCAAAUGCCCUGCCCGCCAUCAUCCGCUUCCUCGGCGACGACGCCGCCCUCCCUUUCGCCGUGCCCGUCCUCUACAACGUGCUCGUCGACUACGAGCCCGCCCAGGCCCAAGCCAGCGCCUCGUCUCUGACCACCCACCUCGUCGACCUCCUGACCAGCACGCGGCUCGCCGACGCACCGCACCUCGUCGGCAUCAUCGCCAAGAUCCUGGCCCUGUUGGCCACCCACGAAACUGAGACGACCCUCGCGCCCCCGCAGACGCCCGCCGUCCUCCUCACGCUGGCCCUCACGCCCACCACCGACGCCGAGGAUUUCGUCUCUCUCACGGCCGUCGCCGUGACCUACCUUACCCACGCGCCCAUCCAGGCCGCCCUCGUCGGCACCGGCGCCGUCCCCAUCCUCCUCGCCGCCUUCUACCACCUCCAGACCGAGCUCGACGCCGUCGAGGUCGACGACGAGGACGCCGCCGCCCAGCUCCGCGCCCUGCCCCGGUCCUUCGUCCAGGUCCUCGCCGACGUCUCCUACGCCGACGACUUCGCCGCCCGCCACCCCCUCGGCGACCCCGUCCUCGCCACCCUGCAGUCCUGGCUGUCCCUGCCCAACCUCCACCUCCGCGCCGCCGCCUGCCUCUGCCUCGGCAACGUCGCCCGCUCCGACGAGGCCUCCUUCGCCCUCGUCCGGGACCACGCCGUCCACCUGCCGCUCGUCGGCCUCCUCCGCGACGCCACCGACUCCCUGCUCCUCCACUCGGCCCUGUCCUUCCUCAAGAACCUCGCCAUCCCCUCCCAGAACAAGCCCGUCCUCGGCGACGCCGGCCUCUUCGACCCGGACGUCCUCCCCCGCGUCUGGUCCCUCGACGCGAACCCCCAGGUCCAGUUCGCCGCCGUCUCCCUCACCCGCCUGCUCCUCGUCAACACCCCCGCCAACGUCCGCCGCCUCUGCGCGCCCCUGAGCCCGGACCCCCUCUCCCCCGUCCACGGCACCACCCAGCUCCACCGCCUGCUCGACAUCUUCUCCCGCACCGACGCCGAGCACACCCGCACCGAGGCCGCCCGUGCCGCCGCCGCCGUCUGCCGCGUCCUGCACACCGCGCCCAUCCCCCCCAAGCCGCUGUCGCCCACCGCCGUCGCCGAGGCCGAGGGCAACGGCAGCGCCCGUCGCCGCGAGAAGUUCUACCGCCAGCACGCGACCCUGAACCGCGUCCUCGCCUUCCUCGUCACCCAGACCCGCUUCCCCGUCCUCCGCAGCGAGGCCUGGUUCGUCCUGGCCCUCAUGUGCCGCGCCAACGACGGCGCCGACGUCGUCAUCCGCGUCCUCGGCGUCGCCGGCGCCUUCGAGGCCCUGACGCACGCCAUCACGGGACGGGCGCCAUCAUCCGAAGACGGCGCGCAGGAGGGCGACGCCAAGGCCAUCCAAGGGGCCCCGGCCGCAGCGGACGCCGCGGGGCAGGCGGUCGUCAGCGGCGGAGGCAACGCGUCGCUGGUGGAGGGUCUGGGGCUGGAGCCGCAGCAGGCCGACCCGUCGCAGGCGGCGGGCAUGAAAAAGGUGGACCGGGAAAACGGCCUCGUCAUGGUGGCCGAGUUGGUCAAGAACCACGCGGAUGAGCUGCCGGCCUCGAGGAGAACGGCGUUUGAAGAGAUGCUCAAGGAGGGCGGCGAGAUACUCGUGGAUGAAAAGGGCAAAGGAAAACGGUGA